AUGUCGUAUCAGAAGAACGAAGCGGGUACCACGAAUAACACUGCUGGCUACACCCUUGAGGAUGUGAUGGAUAGCACACCGACUAGGUUGACAUGUGCCAGUGUCUGUAGCAUACAGGACUGCGACGAGAAUGCAGGAAGCCAAUCUGCAGUGUACACUUUGGCCAUACCACCGGUCACCGUGUUCUAUGCCUAUUGUGAUAUGGAAACACUUAACGGUGGGUGGCUUGUAAUUCAGAAUAGAUUUGAUGGCAGUCAGGAAUUUUUUAACUUUUGGAUAGAAUUUAAGACCGGGUUCGGUGAUCCCAGUGGUGAAUAUUGGCUCGGAAACGAGAAAAUGUAUCUUCUGACGUCGGCGCAAACAUACGAGCUUUAUAUCGAGAUGGAGGAUGUAGAUGGCGACACUAGAUACGUCAGGUACAGCUCAUUUGCGUUGUCCUCUGAGAGCAACGGUUACCGCCUCUCAGUGUCCGGGUUUAGCGGGAAUGUCACCGACAGCAUGGCGUAUAACAACGGACAACGCUUCACAACCAAAGAUCGGGAUCAGGAUAUGCGUCCCUCGGCGAACUGUGCAAACGUCUUUAGAGGUUCAUGGUGGUACAGGAGCUGCCACCAUUCCAAUUUGAAUGGAUUUUAUGAUCCAGUGCCUGGUGAUAACCCAAAAACCAUGUGCUGGAAAAACUUUACUGGGACGGUUAAAUUUACAUCUCUACGAAAGUUCCGAAUGUUGAUUCGUCCUGUUACUUGGUGUACAAAAUCAAGAUAG